GACGAAAAGAACUUGCACUGAAGAAAACAAAUUCUCCACCAGAGGGGCUCUCCGGUCUCGUUGAAUCGUUUGUAGAAGGGAUAACUGUAUUUCAAGAAGGUGAUUUCAUUUCAAACCUUUUAGUUUCAUUGGUUUUGCCACAAUUGGCGUUUCCCCAUAUUCAGAAUUACUUAAAACUAACUUUCGGUUUGGGAAUUUCAAAAUUCACCUGCCAUACUUCGCUUCUAGUUUGACACCAAAUAGAAGCCCUAUUUCUAUUGGUUAAUGAAAACCCUAAGCCAAUCAAAAAUUACUAUCCAUUGCAGGAAUAAUUUUCGCAAUAGUUCAUAAGAUGCAUACAGUGGUGGACCUUAUGGCCGAAAAAAAAGGCGAAGAAGUUCGAAAAAGGAACAGAGAAAUACCCUCAUGGGCACCUGGAGGAGCUGAUUACGAUCCAAACCUUCCUUAUGGGCCUAAAGUUUACGUGGCAAGACGAAAAAAACCGGAUCCGUGGUGGGUAACAGCUAUUGAGGUACGAAACAAUUAACGAGUUCCUUCUGUGAUAUUUAUAUUACUACAAAAAAUUAUUAUUUUCAUGUCUUAACUCGAGAAUGGCAAGUUCUUGGUUUCCUUCUUUUCAAGAGUAUUUUAUGCUUUUGAUAUCGUGUUCUUUCGUAAUUUUUGCAGCAUUCAGUUGUCUUGUUCGUACCUACUACGUUUAUGAAAGUGCUUGUUUACACUGAAGAUCGUGAAUCAAUUAAGGAGCUCACUGUUUUCAGUUUUCAUUAGCAGUAGUGCUUCUGGUAUCGCUAAUCGUGGAAGUGUUAGGCUACAGGUAAAGGAGAUAAAGCAAUACCAUUAAUGUGCUGGUACUGUUGUUUUUUUAGGUUACAGUGGUAGUUGGUGUUCUGCUCUUCUUUGUGUACAUGUAUUAUUAUAUGGAUCAUCUGCAUUUUCAUGUGCUGAACGCCUAUGCCAACGUUGGAGUCUCACACGCACAGCAUCAUGUAGCACACAAAUACCUCAAUGGUAAGACACGGCGUUGAAAACUUCUAUUCCUUCGAGUAUAAUCAAUUUUCUUUGGAAUUUUGAGACACUCAGACAUUAGGUAUUUAAAAUUUGGAAAUGUUCAUCUUAGAUAAAUUGUCUAGAUUUAAGGAUGAAAUAAAUAUUCUCAGGACUAACCAACAACUAAUGUAUUAUCACCAGUUAAGAGAAUCAGCUGGUAGUUCUCAGAUUUCAAAGGUUAUCAGCAAUUGUAAUCCAUCAAAUUUUUCUGCUUGUGCAUGAGAAGUAUAAAUGCAUCAAUUAACCAAAUACUUUCCUUAAAACUGGGGAAUUUGUGAAUGAUAGCCUUCAUUUGGUACAAAUAUAUGCCUAGAUAUUUGUCUGUGGACAUAAUCUGUUCAGAGAAGCAAACAAUGUACCAGUAGUGAGCUCAAAACAAAAGAGCUCACUUUUAGAUUGAGUAUCAUUUUAAGAAAAACCAAAAUAAUCACAAUGGCUGAUCAAAAUAAAGGAAAAUACCCAUUAAAGCCAAUGGUUGAGAGAAGAGCAUGAAUUUUCUGGACUAAUUAUAGAGAAAGGUGAAGCAAAGCCAAAGCAAUCCCAGAUUACUGACUGUUGGCACUCCAUUGAAAGCUAUGCUAUACCACUAUUCUAUUUAACUGAUUGCUACUUAAAUACCUAAUUUUUUUUUUAUAGUAUUAUACCAUUUACUUUGCUGUUCUUUUCAGGGCGUGGAGUAUCAAAGGAUGAAAAGAUGGCCUUUUACUGGUUCAGGUUAGAGUGAAUUAUAUGCAUGGAGUAUAAUUUUCUCAUUAGAUGUUUUGGUGUUUAGUAUUGCGGAGUAUUUUUUCACUCAAUUUGCACAUUAUUUGUACUCUACUCCCUCAACCAAGUAAAUGACAUUUUGCUUGAACAUGGAACAAAACCAAAAAUAGAGUGAUUCAGCCUAUCAAGUUUGCAUAAAUACCAAUCAGGUGCCAAUUAGAAAUAAUAAAGAUGCAGUAAUCUUCAGUGUUUGAAAACAAAGAAUAGAAAAUGGAAGUCAAAUGUGUGGGAGAGGGAGGAACAUGGUGCAGAAGAGAGCUUAUGUUGCCACCCCCCUCCCCACCCCCCUUUCCUCACUCCCCCUCCCUCUUAAAAUAAUUAAUUGUCAAUUUAAAGGUAUUAUACUGUGGAUUUUUGGUGGAAGAUAAUAAAUCAUUAGGUCUACCCUCAUAUGAAUGUUAAUUUCUUUAGGUAAUUAUUUUAUAUUGUAGAGAAGCUGCAAAGAAUGGACAUGGCCAUGGAGCUUACAAUCUGGUGGCUGGACACUUACAAGGAUAUGAUACAGAUGUAGAAGAACAGUAAGAUGGACACUGUUUCUUCAAAACUAUUGGGAAAAUAUAUAUCAUUGAGUAACUCUGUACUUGAAAGAUAAACUAGCAAUGUUAAGCUCAAGCACCUGGGUCUUUCAGAUUAUUGCUGCAAAUCUUAGAAUAGUAUCUUUCUACACUGUGUGGAACAUUGUAGUCCUAGUAUUGCAAUACAAACUGUCUAAAACACAAAGUGUCUAAAAUGGUGUGAAACAAUUAUUUCUGCCUCAAAAGUACUUAAGGAGCAUUUUUCUUGUGGUUUUCAGUGAGGUGGAACCCCUUCUUAAAAUGGCAGCAGAUAAUGGUGUGGAGGAAGCCAAAAAAGCUCUCAAGGACUUGUAUCCACAUAGAUACACAUGACCCAUUAAACUGGUUAGUUAAUUAUUUAGAGCUUAUUGCUAUUUUUGUUUUCUAGCAUUCUUAUAGUCCUCUCUGAAAAGGUGACUUUGUGAUAGUUGGGAAAUUAUUUUUCAGAGUACUUUAAUUGACUCCACAACCUGCAAGGAGAAAUGCAGGAUUGGGGGGGGACUCCAGUAUGUUUUUAGUGGGGAAAUGCUCAGUGACUCCCCAAAUCUGGCCCUUCUUGGUUGGGGGGGGAGGGGGGAAGAGAAAUCCAUUUGACUUCCAAAAGUCAAAUGAUCAACUAAUUAAUUGAUAUUAAGUGAAAACUUUAUCCUUGAUUAAUUUAGCUUUUACAGUGCUUUUUUUUAGCAUCAUUCAACCUCUGAAACAUGGGUUUUGUUUCAUUUUAAUCUUCAGGCUCUCGGUUUGGUUUCAUGAUGCCUUUCUUACACCUUGAAGAGUAUGUUAUACUGUAUUUGAUCUCUUGUUUAUAGGGUUAUUCAGUAAAUUUUGUUUGUUCAAUUGCAAGUUUUGUUGGUGUGAAAUGCAUGUCAAGAAAUAGAAGUUGAGAAACCAGAUGUACCUCUCCCCCUCCUCUCCCUCAAAUGAGUUUUUUUUCUUGCCAGCAAUUCUUCUAAGACUAUCCAUUGUACAUGUUACAUAGUGUAUCACCAACUUAGAAAAAGGAAUUAAGCAGUUCAUAUUGUUUUGGUUAGGUGUAUUUACAGAACUGAUUUAUUACAAAGAUGAAUGUGUUUGUCACAGACAAACAGCCAAAUUCCUGUGCAGCUAUGUUGAAAUGGUUUAUGAUUUUUGGUUAUCACUCAAAAGCCACUUGCCUUUUGUAUUGUCUUUAUAAGUCACUAAUUAUGUAAUUUAAAGACUUGGCUAAAUUAUAAAAAGGACAGGUUCAGAAAUUUUUGCUGGUAUCAUUAAACUUUCAGCCAGAAUGAUAUUUAUUUAAUGGAACAACUUAUUCUUUAUUAAAGAACGAUACUGAUCAAUUAUCACUUCUAAUCAGCACUCAUAGGGAUACAGUCUUUUUCACUCACAAGUGAAAAUUGUUUCAAUAUUUACCACGUCUUUCUUGUAAAGUUAACAAUUGGUUCAUAUGUCAGCGUACAUUCAUUGAGAUAUGAAGCACGCUGUUUGGAGAGCACGAAAGAUGUGUAAGAGUUGCUUGAGUGCUCUCCAAACUUCCUAGGUGCUUUAUGAACACACAGCUGACAUAUGAGCCAAUUGUUUUAUAACAUUUUCAACCCUAUGGAAACUUUUUUGUCACAAGGAAUUUGUUUGCUGAUGUCAUGAGCUCGCACUAUAGGAAUAUGAAGCAUGCUCACACAAUUGAAUUUGAUUAGACAAAUUUACUAGCUGUUAUAAUAACAGUUGUUUCACUGCCUGUGAUAUAUUAUUGGUUGUAUACAUUUAUUUAUCAUUGAUUUUAGUGAACACAGAAUUAAUAUAUUCAUUUGAGAAUUAGUAAUAUAGUUUAAAAAGUUCAUUGGACUUAAUGAAUAAAAAUUAACCAAGGGAAUUUAAAAGCUGCUGGAAUGGCUCUAAACAUACAAAAUGGAGGAGUCUUCUUCAGUCUGAGAAUGUUAACAGAAUGGCAGCCAUUUUAUAGACAAUAUCAACAACUGUUUGUUGUUAAAAGUUAGUUUAGUUGCUGCUUUUGAUGGUCAACCAAAUUGACCUUAAUUUAUGGAAACUGUUUGUGUUGUUAGUCCUCCUUAUAUAAACAAGAUUUAGACCAAGUGGUCAGUUUAUUGCUGACCACCCACUAGCCACUAAGAGGGCAUCAUAUCAAUUUUGUACAUGUGGAGUUCACAAAUAAAUUAUCAAAGG